GAGCUUUUGUUUUCCUGGGACUUUAAUGAAGUUGGCCCUGGUCAGUCUUGGAGGGAUUAUAGCUCAGACUGGUGUCACUUGUGUUACUUGGCCCCGUGACUGCUGAGACUGCUGUGAGGUGAGUGAGGGAGCGUUCCUUAGGGCCACAGUGAAGGGGAUGACCACAGGGCAGAAGGAGAGCAGGAAGAAGAGCAUGGAUAUGGCGGCAGGAUUACCUACUCACCCAGGCUUUGGGAGAUCAGGGAAGAGCUUCCUCAUGGACAAUCUGCUGCGCUCGGCGGGGCCAUCCUCUUCCUCAUCCUCGCCCAACUCAGAUGGACCAACGGGUGGGAUCUUCAUGGGUCCCCCGACCGGCCACCACAUGAGAACCUGGGGCCCUCAGCAUGUUGUCUACGAGGGCCAGAGUCAAAACUGUAAACGAGUCAAAGACAUGGGGCUUCCUCCUCGGCCACACUCAGGCCUGUUGAGCAGUGUGUUUCUACGGGGCCCUCAGUAUCUGCUGGCAGCAGUGUGCUGUGGUGGGUCCAGCCCUCCGUCUAUCUUCUCCGAGGGAGCCAACAUUCCGAUGUGGUCCCCGGAUACGAGCCCCAAAUCCCGGCGAGGGAUCCUGAGGAGGGCGGUGUUCUCUGAGGAACAGAGGAAGGAGCUGGAGAAAACGUUCAAGAGACAGAAGUACAUCAGCAAGACAGACAGGAACAAACUGGCAGCAGAUCUCAGCCUGAAGGAGUCUCAGGUGAAGAUCUGGUUCCAGAACCGGAGGAUGAAGUGGAGGAACUGUAAGGAGAAGGAGGCCCACAGCGGCCGCUCCCCCAUGGAGGAGCUCAUGUCCCGUGGCUACAAACAGGAAGAGGAACGCAAGGAGGCACCAGAGAGCACGGGCACGCCAUUAGACAGAUCAUCAUCACAGCAGCGGGACAGGGAAACGGGAGUUACCAUAGAGAAAGAGCCAUGCAAGACUUUGAUACAGCCACUGAGUCUGCACACACUAUGACCUCUGACCCCUGAGAGGAUUAAAGACUGAGAGAAACCUCUGGGCAAAAACUGGUUGAAUCAACGUUGUUUCCACAUCAUUUCAACAAAAAAAUUAUACAUGACUUUGAAUC